AUGGCAUACCCAGGCGACACGCAGAGUCAGCGUUUUUCAAUGCGGCUCGUUGCUUCCUACGCCCUUGACUGGAUCAUCCUCGUCGUCAUCGUCGUCGUCGGGGGCUUCCUCGGUCGAAUUACGCCCAACAAGCGCCCCUUCUCGCUCGACGACCCCAACAUCUCCUUCCCCUUCACUGAAAACCAGACGGUCCCGACCUGGCUCCUCGUCAUCCUAUGCGGGCUCGUCCCCGCCGUUCUCAUCAUCAUCAUCUGCAUCCUCCUCGUCCCCGGCGGUACCGUGCCCAAAAACACCCCCGGCUCCCUCGUCUGGAAGCGAAAGCUGUGGGAGCUGCAUGUCGGCCUGCUCGGUCUGCUCAUGGCCGUCGGCUCCUCCUUCUUCUUCAUCUCCGGCAUGAAGAACAUGUGCGGCAAGCCUCGGCCCGACCUGCUCUCCCGCUGCCAACCCGACAUUGCCAACGCUUCGAGCUACCAAGUCGGCGGCUUCAGGGGCGAGUCGAACGCCUCCUUGCUCUACUCGGGCGACAUCUGCACCCAGACGGACAAGUACAAGCUCGACGACGGCUUCCGCAGCUACCCCAGCGGCCACGCCGCCGCCUCGGCCGCCGGCCUCAUCUACCUCUCGCUCUUCCUCGCCAGCAAGUUCUCCGUGACGGUUCCCUUUGUCGUCCCCGGUCCGACCGACGCCUCGGCCCACGCCGCCUUCCCCUCGCGCAUGCGCGGUGCCGUCGGUCCCGUUAGCGAUCCCUACGAGCGCGUCAGGGACGGCACGGACUAUUCGACGCCCCUGAAGGCGGGUCCCGCCAACCGCAACGCCCGCUACAACACCAAGAUCCAGUCCUUGCGUCGCCAGGCUGCCGCUCCACCCGUCUACCUCCUCGCCAUCACCCUCGUCCCCUUCUGCCUCGCCAUCUUCAUCUCCGCCUCCCGCUGGUUCGACUUCCGCCACCACGGCUUCGACAUCCUCUUUGGCUUCAUCAUCGGCACCGUCACCGCCAUCUACAGCUUUCGCUACUACCACCUGCCCAUCAUGACCGGCGCCGGCUGGGCCUGGGGUCCUCGCAGCGACGACAGGGCAUUCUGGGCCGGCGUCGGCCGUCUGGGCUACGUCGGCAGCAAGGAGGAGUUCGAUGCGCGCGUCGAUGCCGAAGCCGUCGGUCGGCCUGAUCUGGGCGAGUCCGGGGACGUCGACCCCUAUCUGUCUCAAGACCACGCGUCGAGCAUGAACUACCGAAGCGGCCCGCACGCCUCUUCCUCGGUCGCCGGCACUCCCUCCCAGCGCCCGUCCUUUCAGGAUGUCGAGCUUGCCAGGCUGGACCAACCACGGCGGCCCGUGGCCGCGCUGGGUCAGCCGAUGCCUACCGGGUAG